AUGCCCGUCCCCUUCGAGGCCCUCAUCCCCUUCGGUCUCUUGACCGUCAUGUUUGCCGUCACUGGUACCGGUUUCUCGGCUGUCAGGCGUCUCCAGAACGACGGCAAGCCCACACGACACACCCUCGACCGCUGGGAGGAGCUGAUGAUGGAGCGGGACCAGCGAUUGACAGGCUCGCUGCGAGGGCAGUCGACGGAACCCAUCGCACCGAAGGGCUUCUCGAACAACUCGGCAUGGCAGACGGAGAAGGCAGAGAUCGCAUGGAGCGCGUUCCAGUCGCACAAGUAG